UUCCUCACUUCCUAUCAUUUUCCUCUUCUCCGUCAAAUUCUCCACCUUUUUUAAAUCACAUUUCUUAUUCAACUCUUACAAAACUCAGUGAAAAUAUUCUUAAAGAAAAAAAAACCCAAUCUUUUUUUUUCUGUUCUGAAACUGGGUAUAUUACAAACUUAAUCAUAGUGAUUAAAGUUUUGUAGUUUAUUUUUUUUAAAAAAAUAAAUUUCUGGGGUUGUUUGUUGCUUACAUUUGUUGUUCACCUGUCCGAUUUUUAUUUUUAUGGAGAUCAUUUUGUUAAUCCCUUGAAAGUCACUUCAAUCCUCUUCAUAUUCACAAAUAAAGUUGGGAUUUUGAGAGGAUUUUUUAUAUUUUUAUUUGAUUUUCUUGCGUUAAAAGUGGGUUUUUCUGGGAUUUCGUCAUUUCAUUUCCCAUUCAGAAAUCCAUCGAGUUUAUUCUAUUCUAUUCUGUUCUAUUCAGAUUCUGAUUUGAUCGAAUAAAUUCUCUGAUUUUUUAACGCAUUUUUCCAGCUUUUUAAUUUCCUUGAAAAUUAAUUCUACCUCAGAAAUAAGAAUUUUGAGAUUUUAACUACUGGGUUUUGAUUAAAACAAGUUUUUAGGAUCUGGGUUUGUUCGAGUUUAAUCAAAAAUGACCUCAAAAACUGGUGGUCAUGGGCUUGAUAAUUGGAGGGACUUUUUUAGAAACGCGAAAAACUCUGAUAUAUUUGAUAUUAUUGAGCACGCAAUAAUGGUGGCAGCAACAGAUUGUCCAAAAGAGUUCCGAGUUAGGAGGGAAAGAAUCGCUGAGUUGCUUUUCACGUGUUAAAUUGACUCGGUGUUUAGGGUGUGAACGUGUUGAGUUGGCUGUUUCUGAGAUUGAUAAUAUUAAUGAUGAUGAUGUCAAAGUUGUUAUUAAAGGGGUAAUCGAAAUUGUGAAAUCCAAACUCUAUUUCAGAAGGAAAGCGUGUGAAAGAAAGGUUCUGCAAAGAACGAACCUCAUUGAAGAAGAAGGAGACAGAUUUUAAGAGUCACGUGAGUGUCACGUGACAUGAUAGUCAACGGUCAACAAACGAAAUUCGUUAAAAUGGUCAACGGUCAAAAAUAACAGUCAACAAAUAGAAUCCGUUAAAAGUUCAAUGAACAAUCCCAGAAAUUUGAGCUCUUGUGAUGGUCUUAUCAAGCUUCAACGUCAUGCAGAAAUUUGGAAUGGCAUUGACAUUUAUGGCAGAUGAUCAGGGUGAACGUUCUAAGAAACAUGGCAGUGUGAAAGAUAACGAAAUUGGAAAGGGCUUCAUGAUAGGUGCUAAUGCAUUACCAUUUGCAACAAUUUCCUGGUUGGCUUCUUCACAAGUGGCAUACUCGAGCACGGGCAUGGAAAUAAAUCCUGUUUAUGAGGUUGGAGAGCUGUUUGAAUUGGGGAUUCAAUUGUCAUACGUGCUUUUGUUGUUGGCUUUGCUUGGAGUCGGGACCUUUUUCGUUAUCCGUCAAGUCCUUGUUCGCCGUGAACUUGACCUGUCUGCCAAGGAAUUGCAGGAGCAAGUAAGAAGUGGUGAUGCAAAUGCAACCGAGCUCUUUGAACUUGGAGCAGUGAUGCUAAGAAGAAAAUUUUACCCUGCCGCGACUAAAUUCUUGCUUCAAGCAAUUGAGAAAUGGGAUGGAGAUGACCAGGAUCUUGCUCAGGUUUAUAAUGCAUUGGGCGUGAGUUAUGUUCGUGAUGGAAAGCUCGACAAGGGUGUUACACAGUUUGAGACUGCUGUUAAGCUUCAACCAGGGUAUGUGACUGCAUGGAACAAUCUUGGUGAUGCAUAUGAACAGAAGAAAGAUCUCAAGUCUGCUCUUAAGGCAUUUGAAGAAGUGCUUCUUUUUGAUCCGAACAAUAGGGUGGCCCGCCCUCGAGUCGAUGCACUGAGGGAUCGUGUCAACAUGUACAAAGGUGUUCCUGUGAAAUCCAAGGACAGGUGAUUGAUAAUGUUCGGUCAUAUGAUGAUGGAAACUAACUUGAAUUUUGACAUGGUAAAUGAAAAUGAGAACUAGUGUUGGACUUGUCUUAAGGUUUGAGAUUGAGUGGUUGGGUUUGGCUCCCUUGGUUUUUUAUAAGGCUUGUAAGAUCUAUGUUGAUGUGAUAAUUUAAGUUGUAAGAGGAAAAGAUGCAGUCUAGUCUAGUAUAAUGCAAAGCUGUCAAAUUUAGACUCUUGCCUUUUCCCCUAAUUUUCAUAAUUAAGUUGGGAUAUUUUAAUCUAUUGGUCUUUUCUUUUUUAAUUUCUAAGGUAUGUUUCUAUGUGCUACUUUGGUCAUUAUCUCGUGGAUUAAGUAAAACAACUUGUAUGCACUUUUUUAUUUGUUUUAGUGUUGUUUAUCAAUAUUUUAUUCUUGCUUUA